AUGAGUUCACCUGCUACUUUUCAAUAUAGUCUUGUUGAAAAUUGUAAAACUACUCUAGCUACAAAUCUAGAAGCUGUUUUUGAUCCUAAAAUUUGUAGAAAUAAUAAUUCUGCUACACCAACUCCUGCUGUUUCUAAAUGUGCUGGUAGUAAUGAUAAAGUUAGUGAAAGUAAAUAUAGUUCAAGAUCUUUACAAUCUAUGCAAAGAGAUCAAUAUGCCAAUAAAAUAAGAAGUCAUUUCACUAGAGAUAAAAAGUAA